CCAUGUAAUACCGUUUCAGUUGUUCGUUGAUAUAACAUAUCUAGCGAUGAAAUAUAGGGGUUUAAGAGGUUGGAUAAUAACCUUGUUUUUAACAAAACUUCUUGGAAUAGAUGCCUACAUAAAUGAUCAAGUGUUGGGUAUAAGGAAGCGACGUAGAAUAACGCUGAUAUGACCUUACCGGAUAAAGCUGUCCAAGAAACGGCAACCGGCGUUCUUUUUAGCGUUAAAGAUGCCUUGGAUUCUUCCAACUACCGUUACACGUUGAACAGUUCUACAUAUGCGAACGCGUUUAUGGUAGACAUCGUUAGUGGUGAUGUUUCGGUCGCAGCAGGCUUUACGUUGGAUUAUGAAGCCUUUGUUCCAGCUAACAACGGUUCUGAAAGGAUCGAAUUAACUAUCAUAGUUCAUGACAGUUUUAUGGCCGAAGACAGCAGUGAGAAUGUUGUGAAAACGCUCCUGCAGCACGUGAUACUGUCGGACGUCAACGACGAGUCCCCGGUGUUCAUAAACGAGUUCUACCCGUAUUACGCGGUCGUGUCGCUCAACGCCGCCGCUUACAGCCACGUGUACUCCCUCAGCGCUAGCGACCCAGAUAGGGACGCCCAUGUCUCGCUAUCACAUGAGUUUGAAGGCAAUGCCGGUGAUUUCUUCGACGUGACCUUUAGCAAUGCCGUGGCGCACAUCAAACGUAAAGGACAGCAACGGAGGACCAAGUGCUGCGGAUCACGAUCAAGGCCACGGACACCGCCGGGGCUAGCUCCCAGGUGACAAGCGGGGUUGUGGAAGUCAAGGUCGGCACCCGUCGCCCGCAGUUCAACAUGGAGAACGGAUACACCUUCAAGUUCCAGGAGGACAAUGUCAUUAACCAGAAGAUAACCACAUCUCAGAACAGAAUGAAGGUGAAGAGUUUCCAGCCAAGCAACAUAUUUCUAGUGGUUCUAGAUGAGUUCAGCCAGCCGUCCGAGCUGUUCGAGGCAAGGGUUUCGGGCUCGUCUGUAGGGUGUGUGUUCGAUGCGGACCUGCAUGUGAGGCGUGUGGUAGACUUUGAGAGGGACCCGCAUAUAUACAGUCUUACUUUGCGGGCAACAGAGAGCAACACUGUCCUCACCAGCACCACCAGACUUGAAGUUUAUGUCACAGACAAGAAUGAAUUUGACCCAGCUUUUUCCGUCUCAGGAUACAAGAAAGAUAAUGUCAGAGAAGAUAUUUCCACUGGCAGUGUUCUACUUACUGUUACUGCAAGAGAUGCCGACCUAAAUACAAAGAUGUCAUUCUCUGUUAACAACGACCACUUCAGAAUUGUGCCGCUAAAUCCAGUGAGCAAUACUAGUCCAUAUACCGCCAACAUUGUUGUUAACAAAGCACUUGAUUAUGACCGGUUGCCGAUGAAGCUGUACGGUUUUGACAUAUUUGCCACUGAUGAUGGGGACAUUCCUAGGUCUGGAAGCGCUACCUUUCAGAUAUUUAUGACAAACGUAAACGAUGAGUCUCCUGAGUUCCCCAUUGACAUGCAGUCUGGCCUGCGGUAUGACGCGGCAGUGGCGUCCGAUGUCUACCUGGCCAAGGCCACUGAUGCUGAUGACGAUAGAAUAACCUACAGCUUUUUGGAAACUUACCAGAAAUUCAGCCUGGAUACAAGCACAGGAAGUGUGACCCUGCGAGAGACAAUUGCUCCCACCCAGAGUUCAAUCACGCAGUUUGAGUACCAGCUCAAGGUGAUCGCCGUAGACGAUGGCUCAUGUUGCGGUAGUAUCACCACAUGGAGCAGCACCGGUACACUCACCGUCAAAAUCCUCACCGAUAACGAGAACCGGCCUCGGUUCCCUGACUGUCAGAGUUUGACACCUCAUGUUAAGGAAGAGCAAGCUGAUGCAUCCAUAGUUAAGGUGACUGCACAAGAUUCAGAUUACGGCACUAAUGGAGAUGUGACAUAUUCUCUGCGUGAAGGCACUGACUCCCCAUUUAGGAUUAACAGCGCAUCGGGGAAUUUAUACACAAGGAUAGCCAUCGACAGAGAAACGCUAAGGAGUACGAAAAUAGCUGUGAACAUAAUUGGGACAGACGGGGGUGGACUGAAUGGAACCUGCCCACUGUUGAUUCAGGUGGAUGAUAUUAACGACAAUCCACCCACAUUUACAGAAUCUGAGUUUGUUUUUCCGGUGUUGAAGACGGCCCUUUCUGGAACCGUUGCUGGGCUUGUUGAAGCCAAGGAUAUUGAUAUUGGAGUCAAUGGACAGAUUGUGUAUUCGUUUACGGAUAAUCCUGGGGGUUACUUUCGUUUUGAUGACUCUGGGCAAUACAUAGGCAGCUUCAAAGUCAACCAAAGUCUCCCUCUAGAUACAGCUCGACUGGUACUGAAAGUUAUGGGUCGCGAUCAAGGCAACCCUGCUCUGUCUUCAUCAGCAACAGUUGUUAUCAACCUGAUAACAGAUGCCGAUGCCCAGCCCCCAAAAUGGCUAGGGGCCGAGAGCAGCUUUCAAGUGAGCGUACCAGAAAACCAUGAUAAGGUCAUUGCUCUGAUUGACUUUACUGCAAAUUCUACCUCUGCAAUGCCAACCCUUAGUUUUGGAGUAACAGACAGCUUUGAUAAACUCUUCUACACGUAUGCUCAAACAUCGAAUGGUCGUAUCCAGGCAGGAUCACUACGACAUCUGUACGACUUUGACUACGAGAAAGUUACUCAGUAUAUUGUCAGACUUAGGGCGACUGAUGUGGACAACCAGCAGGCCAUCAAAAUCAGCACAGUGACCAUUACUGAUGUAAACGAUAAUCAGCCAAGAUUUCUCGGAAUUAAUCCAGACAACUCUUUCCUGGACGUGCAUAUCCAGGAGGGUGACUACACAAAUGCUCAUCAAAGUGGGGAGUUGGUCGACACUAUUAAUGCGGUAGAUGAUGAUGGUACCGCUCCAAACAAUCAGAUUCAAGAAUAUCGCAUCACCUCCGAUGGGAGUGGAAUCUUCCAGAUAGAUGCAACAUCGGGAAGACUGACUACUAAAGCAAAUAUUGACAGGGAGCAGAAUGAAGCGUACACAAUCCAGGUGGAGGCCGUUGAUGCUGCCCCCUCAUCCUUCCGGCCUAACGGACAGCAUAAUACAGGUCUGGUGACGGUAAAGGUGAUAAUCGGCGAUGAAAACGACAAUGCACCAUACUUUGAGGAAUCAGAGUACACCUUUGAUGUGAAAGAAGACUUGCAGAUUGGAACAGUUGUUGCCAGGGCAUCAGCAAAGGACCUAGACUCCGCUUCUGUGAUGACGUACCGUAUCCUGGACCCGAAUUCUGGCCAGCCGCUACCGUUCUUCGUCCUCCAGACAGGGGAAAUAACUGUGGCUGGUAACCUUGACUAUGACGAAGGAACAAGGAGACAUGGUUUUGCAAUUGAGGUGUUUGACCUGAAGUUCACCGGACGUACCAAUGUGACAAUAAACAUCAUGGAUGUUAAUGAUAACCCGCCAGUAGUGCAGUCAUACACGUUUGAUAACAUCACAGAAAAUGACCUCAGUAUAGUUGGAAAAACUCUUGUGAAGGUUCAUGCAGCUGAUAAAGACAACAACGGGAUAAAUAGUUUCAUUUUCGAUCUGAAAUUUACCGAUAAUAUUGGACCUCAGUACUUUGAGAUCGGCCCAGUUACUGGAGAUUUAAAGAUAAAGAAAGCUCUCGAUCGAGACUUUCCUAAUGGGUUAGCAGAGUUCAAGCUCACUGUAGAAGUAUCAGAUGCCCCAUCAAAUCAGAGGUCACUGAUUGGUUAUGGAGAUGUGACAGUGAAACCCAUUGAUGUGAAUGACAAUGCCCCAGUUUUCUUGGACGAGUAUUUGCAGCUGAGUGUGCAGGAGGAACAAGAUCCAGUUGUUCAGGUUGGCAAAGUUUCAGUAUUGGACUAUGAUGAUCCUAAACAUGACAACAGCAAGUUUGAUCUUGCACUUCUGGGUCAGACCUCGGAUUCCACAAACCCUCACUUCCAGUUGACGGUACAGGACGUGAGUGCCAUAUCGAGGCUGGACCGGGAGACCCAGGACAAGUACUACCUCUCACUACAGGCCGUGGAUAAGGGAAACCCCACAUUGACGGGAACUGGAACAUUGACAAUAACAGUCACCGACAUCAACGAUAAUGCCCCGUACUUCAACCAGUCAUACAAGUUUGUCUUCUCAGAGAAUCAGAGAGGUGAGUUUGGACGCAUCCAGGCGUAUGAUGCUGAUAUUGGGGUGAAUGCAGAGUUGAACUACUCUCUGGAUGAGGAUUCAUUCAAGUAUUUCAAGAUGAUGCAAGACCGAGAGGAAAACCAGGGUGUCUUAACAAUAAUUCAGGCUGUUGAUUACGAUGACCGUGUGAACAUCCAGCGAAGUUUUAACCUGACAGCUUACGUUGUGGACAGUAAUCCUGACCAUCGGGCCCAGACUUACAUUGAGAUUGAGGUGACCGAUUACAACGACGAGGUCCCUACGUUUACGGAACCGCAAAAGUCUGUAACACUAAAAGAGGAUGUAGCUGUUGGAAUGUACAUUGCUAAGUUUACGGCCACCGACAGUGAUGUUAACAUAGAAUAUUCGCAUUUUGAGUACUAUAUUUCCCUGGCAUCAGAUCGCACAACCAGAUUCAGGAUAAACCAGGCAGGUGAAGUGUUCAUAAGCAAUCCACUGGACUUUGAAACACAUCAAGUCCACACAUUGCACAUCCUUGCCAUUGACAAUAUAAAUGCCUUACCCAAGAAUACAGGAACGGCAACAUUGACAGUCAUACUGACGGACAUCAAUGACAACUGCCCUGAUUUCGCCCAAAAUUACACACCCUCUCUAAUGGAAAACAAGGCGUAUACUGGCGACCAACUGCUGGUGUUUUCUGCUACAGACACAGAUGGACCAGGAAAUAAAGACCCUUUCAUGGUUGAACUUGACUGUAAUGAGAAACGUGCUUCUGCGCAGUGCGACUGCAGAGCAAUAACGAACUGCAGAAAUGAAGGACAGAACAAUUACUUCCAGCUUACUGAAACAGGUAGCACUAACAUGUGGACCCUUUUCGUCAUUGGAACAUUCGAUCGAGAGAAUGAAAAGGUCGUGUUACUGCCCAUCAGGAUGUGUGACGUUGCCGGUUUGAACAGGCAAGACCAACAAUGCGGCGUCAGAUUCAUGGAAAUAGAGAUUGCUGAGAAUAAAAGCUCAGAUGGAAAUCAAUUAAAUACUCUUUAUAGUUAUAUUUAUCUAUAUGUAUCUAUAAUGUGUUGCUCGCAUUUCAUUAACUAUGUUUUUGGUUAAGAUAAUUACUAUUCUGUUUUAGAGUAUUCAGAUAUAGAAUGUCCAAAUGUUCGAUGAGUUUCAACACAACUUUUUUCGUAACCAUUAAACGUUAACAAUAAUUUUAUAUUUCUUACAUAUUUAUAUUUUACUUAUAAAAUAUUGUCAUGAGUGUUUACUAACCACAAUAAUCCGCGUAUAAGGAUUUUUUUUAACAUUUGGAUAUUCAUUUUGUUCCCUAAACGCCACAAGUCAACUGAGCAGUACCAAUGUUAAAUAUAUUCAUCAACUAUUACUCCACAAUAUUUAAUACUUCACUGUUAAAUUAAACUACAAAAGUUACACUUUAAUUAUUUUAGCCCAUACCUUUUAGUUAUUACACUUAAUUGUUUUAUGAAACACAAAUAAUGAGUCUAAUUUAGAUCCACUUCUGUCAAUAAAGCAUCGCCAUUUUGAAACCAUAUAGCAGGUGCUCGUUAUCUUUCCGCUCAAUAUACUUAGCGCUGGGACCUGUCAUUCUUGGCUAGGUAAACAACAAGUUGGUUAUGGACGCGUAGAGUCGCCAAAUCAAAAACAGUCAAAGACUCUGAAGCGGCUGUUUGGACUAGAGUGUUUAUGUGCACUGGCAAUUUUCUAACGUAAUAUUCUAAUUAUCCCCCGCCGAAUCGAAGAUUUCGGGUUGGUCAAAUCUUAGAAAAACCUUUGGAACGUACUAGAGGCAUAAUACAUGGUCAAAUAUUCAUGAAACUUAUUCAGAAUAUUUUCCUUGAUGGACUCUUGGUCGUAAAUAAAACUGGGUCACAUAUGGUCGUAAUUUUGGUCACUAGGUCAAAUCUUUCAAAAAAUCUCGUCCGAAACUAUUUUAUGUAGGUGAUUGGUCGGAUUAUGUUCAAACAUGGUCAGAAUGUUCAUCUGGGUUAAAUUUCGACUGCAUUUUAAAAGUGGGUCAUAUGGGCUAGGUCACUAGGUCAUAUCUUACAGAAAUCGUUGGAACACUCUAGAGGCAAUAUAUCUGCUCUAAUUUCCAUGAAAUUAAUCAGAAUGCAACGAUGAAAUCUUGGAAUAGUUUGAAACAAGUAGGUCAUAUGGGGUCAAAAAUGAGGUCACUGGGUCAAAUCUUAAGAACAAAACUUGUGGACACUCUCUAUUUUUGGCAACAUAUCUGGACCAAUCUUCAUGAAACUUGAUCAGAAUGUUUGCUUUGAUGAAAUCUUAGAUUAGUUUUGAACUGGGUAACAUGGAGUCAUAAACUAGGUUUCUUGGUCAAUUCUAAUUGUUACAUUAUAUACAAUAUU